UUUGGGGAACUUAUUAUCACUAUUGUUCGACCGAUGAGAAUCCUCAACACGAAAUGUGCCCAGGUGGAGAAGGUUCAUGGUGUACUUGGCAGCAAGCGCUAGCAACAGAUACAUUAUCUUCUUACACCCAUGAUUAUCCAGCUUUACCAGCUGAUGUUGCCAAAGCUAUAUAUCCAAUUUAUGAAAACCUUAGCAACGAAAAUUUAUUGGAAAGGUGUGUAGGUGGAUUCACACAAAAUAACAAUGAAAGUUACAAUCAGUUAAUCUGGAAAAUAAGUCCGAAAAUUAUUCCAUGUGGCUCUAAAGUUGUUGAAAUAGCGGCUUACAUUGCAGCUGUAACAUAUAAUGAAGGUACAACAUCAUUGUUACACAUGAUGAGUGCAUUAGGGCUUUCAUUAGGCACCUCAGCUCAUAAUUAUGCUGAGAAAGAGGACGCAGAGCGUGUGAUGAUCUCCAACGCGAGAGCGCUAGAGAGCACGCGCGAAGAAAGAAUGGCUCGACGACAACACCAGCUGGACUUACUGGAAGCUAGGGAUCCUGCACAAGGUCCCUCUUAUGGCCCUGGAAUCGAUGAUACCAUAUAAUCCAAACCGACAAAAUCGUGCUCACCGCCGAGCGCCUUUUUUUGGAGGUCGUUCAGGAUAUCAUCUGCAGAGGCGGUGCACAUCAAUAUUUUGACACGAGUAAUACAAAAUUAUAUUCUUCAAAGUGUGCUCUUUCAGAAUUACUAUUACUUGUACUUAGUAAAUAAAAGCUGUGUCCACAAAAAAAUCGUAAAAAAAC